AUGUCGGCGACGGUGAAAAACGGGGGAGACGCUGCGGCGGUGGAGGUGGAGUUCGCGGCGUGCGACUGCUGCGGGCUCAUGGAGGAGUGCACGCCGGCGUACAUCGCCGGCGUACGGGAGCGGCACGGCGGGCGGUGGAUCUGCGGUCUCUGCGCCGAGGCCGUCCAGGACGAGAUCCGCCGCUCCGGGCCCCUCAUCUCGCUCGAGGAGGCCAUGGGCCGUCAUGCAAGCUUCCGCCGAAGCUUCCGCUCGGCUGAGGCCGCAGCGGUGGAUCCGGCGGAGCAGCUGAUCGCCGCCGUGAGGCAGCUCCUCCGGCGGAACCUCGACUCACCGCGGGCUGUGCGGUCGACCCCGGGCAGCCCCCGAACCAUGGUUGGGCCCCGGACCCGGAGAGGCUUUCCGACCUUUAUUUGCUUGGCGGAUGAGGAUAAGAAUCGAAUCGCAUAG